UUUAUCUCUCUCUCUCUCUCAAACAUUAAAAAAAAAGAACACUCUUUCUCUCUCAUAACUCUUCUGUGUUUUUUCUCUCUCAGAAAAUCCGAAAUUUCUACUCAAUUUCUCUCUCUUUUGUCUCCAAAACCUCCAUAAACUUAUUCAGCAAUGCAUGAUCUUCAUUUUAGUUGUAAUUUCGGGUUUUGAUGCUCUAAUUUUGACAGAAAUUUCAUUGGCUCACUGAGUUGGGAAUUGAAAUUAUGCUGGAGGCAGUGGAGAGUUCAGUCAAUGGAGGGUUCUCACAUUUGCAAAGCUGUGGAGACAGUAGCGAGGAGGAGCUCUCCGUGUUGCCUCGUCACACUAAGGUCGUGGUGACUGGUAAUAACAGGACAAAGUCUGUGCUCGUGGGUCUUCAAGGCGUGGUCAAGAAGGCUGUUGGAUUAGGCGGUUGGCAUUGGCUGGUUCUUACUAAUGGCAUAGAAGUAAAGCUACAGAGGAAUGCCCUGAGUGUGAUUGAGGCUCCCACUGGCAAUGAGGAGGAUGAUGACCUGGAAUUUGACAAUGUGCAGUGGAAUGGAUCGGAUUUGGCAUCCGAUGACACUCAAAAGUCCCAUAGAUCAAGGCACAGGACGCAUAAAUCAACAGGGUCAUCUCACAAGACUAUGAGCAGGUCUCUCUCUUGUGACUCACAGUCUAAGGGCUCUGUUUCGACAUCUCGUGGGGCCGCGAAGGUUGACCUCAGCAAAUUGGAGAUGGCUGCCUUGUGGAGAUAUUGGAGACACUUCAAUCUCGUGGAUGCUAUUCCCAACCCAUCUAAAGAGCAGCUAGUAGAUGUGGUUCAAAGGCAUUUUAUGUCCCAGCAAAUGGACGAGUUGCAGGUGAUUGUGGGAUUUGUUCAGGCUGCAAAGAGACUGAAGCCUACAGUUUGCAAAUGACUAACAGAUAGCUGGUACCGAAAAGCCCUCUCCCCUUUCCCUUCCCUGUUUGUAACAUAUGUAUGGAUUUGUUUCUGAUUAUGGUAAUGGUAUGUGUUAGAGGGCCAAGUAAUUUGCGUUGUC